AUGCGCGCGUCGCGAGCCAACGCCGCCUUCUGGCUGGCCUGGCUGUGCGUCGUCGUGUGGUGCUACUUCAACAACUACGAUGAUCCGUCGUCGAUAUUCUACGACCGGGCCAAGGCGUACCGGCAGCGCUUCUCCACCGUCCGGACGGCCGAAGUCGAUCGUUUCCUCGCGCAGACGAGUUUUGCGGCACCGGCGUCGCGCUCCGAGCAGCCACUCCUCUGCGUCGGCAUUCCAAGCAUAAACCGCACCACCGAGUCCUUUCUCGAGCACACCGUCGGCAGCCUGAUCGACACGCUCACGCCAAAGGAGCGCCAGCUCGUCUACGUCGUCGUCCUCCUCGCCGACAGGCCCCCGCCGGGCCACGCCGCGUACGGCAGCGAAUGGAUCGCCCGCCUCGUCGACGAGGUGGUCGUCUACGGCGACUCGCUCGAGGGGGCCGCCCUCGGCAACGCGACCAACUACCACGCGACGCCCUAUGAGGUCCGCGGGGAGCCUCGCGGCGACGGGCGAGUCGAAAACAUGCGCCUCGACCAUUCCGUCUUGGUGGAACGGUGCCACGCCAAGAAGACGCCCUAUUUUGCCCUCGUCGAGGACGACGUCGUCGCGUCGCGAGACUGGUUCCGGCGGUUCCGAGAUGCAAUCCCUUACGUCGAGAGCGAGGCGCAGAAGACGGGUCAGGACUGGAUCUACACGCGGCUGUUCUACUCGGAGCUCUUCAUGGGCUGGAACGCCGAAGAGUGGCUGACGUACGCCGAGGUGGUCUUUGGCGUCUACGCGGUCCUCUUGCUGGUGUUUCUGGAGCUGCGGAGGCGGCACAAGAUUGGGCCCUCCGGGCCGUCCGCCAAGGGCACGACACGCGAGUUCAACUUUAUGGCGGCGCUGGUGUUUUGUCUGUGGAUGCCGGCCCUGAUUGCCUUGUUCUUCAUGGCCGGCCGCAUAUCCCUGCACCGGCUCAACCCGUUCACGGGCCGCGGCGUCCGGCAGAUGCCCAAUUACGGGUGCUGCGCCCAGGGGCUGGUGUUUCCGGAGCGCCAUCUCGACGGGUUCCAGAGCCUGCUGCGCAACCCGCCCUUUGCCUUUGCCGGGGACCAGAUCUUGGAGGACUACGCGCGCGACCACGGCCUCAUGAAGUGGGCUCUCGACCCGAGCGUGCUCCAGCACACCGGGCGGCGGGAGUCGUCGGACGGGCCGCGCAAGGCGGACGUGUGGAAUUUUAGCUUUGAGCGACAGCAGCGGUGA